UCGCCGUAGAGGAACUCCACCCUUCUACCUCAUCUUCGAUGAGAAGGGGCGCUUGUGCAUCACAAAGAUCUCGCACUCAUAAUUCCCUUGUGAGAAACAAACAACCACCGAAAUAACGUUUUUAAAUUAUGAUAAUGAUGAGGAUUGAAUCAGCUUUGGCCGUUCGAUUCCCCGCCGGUGCGAACUUCUGCUCCUCCACCGCCUUACACCAUUGUCGUCCUACGUGCAGCUCCGAUGAGGUUACUAGUUGCCACGUCACCUCCCGCCGGCUGUUUCGCCGUGGCGGCUUCGACGUAACUUGGGAUAGAUUUCGAAGAAUAAACAGUGGUUCUCUUUCGAGAAGGACUCUCAUAAAGAAUAAGAUUCGAGCGACAGCAGAGCAUUUAGGUUCUGCAUCUGAGCCUACCAAGCAGAACAGAAGGCCACAUUACCAUCCAUUUGAGGAUAUUGGUGAGGCAACAUCUAAAAAUAGCGGUGAUGCUACACUUUCUGCUGCAGAAACCACUAGGACCAUCAUCAAGGUGAAUAGUAAAGCAACACUGAUGUUUACGGGGAUAAUUAAUGAUGAAGUUCAUGAAAAUAUUAUGUGGCCAGACUUGCCUUAUGUAACUGAUGAACAUGGAAAUGUAUACUUUCAAGUGAAAAGUGAUGAAGAUAUAAUGCAAAGUCUUACUUUGGAAAAUAACUUUGUGCAAGUCAUCAUAGGCUUUGACACAACGGAAAUAAUGAAGGAAAUCGAGUUAUCAGGUCCUUCAGAUAUUGAUUUUGGGAUUGAGGAAAUUGAAGAUGAAGAUAGUGAUGUUGAAGAUGUAGAUGAGGAUGAAGAUGAUCAUACUGAAGAAGAAGAUUACAAUGAGGAGUGGGUUGCUGCUCUUGAGGAUGAAGAUGAUCAAGAUGACUCUGAUGAAACACUUGGAGACUGGGCAAAAUUGGAGACUAUGCGUUCCUCCCAUCCAAUGUAUUUUGCCAAAAAGUUGACUGAGGUUGCUUCAGAUGAUCCUAUAGACUGGAUGGAGCAACCAUCAGAUGGCUUAGCUAUCCAAGGCCUUCUAAGGCCUGCCUUCAUUGAAGAACAUUCUGAAAUUCAGAAGCAUAUGUCUAGCAAUCAGUCCCAUAGUUCUGAUACAAGUCAGGUUGAGAAAGUUGUGGAAGACAAAUUGGAAGAUCUUGGCAUAAUUAAUGGCCAGAGCAGUGAAUUAGGCUGGUCAGGAGAUAGUUCAACAAUAUCAGAAGAACCAGAGAAAAAUGAAAUCUCAAUAAAUGGGUCUUCAUUUUACAAGUUGGAGAUGGUUAAAAUUCAGCUAAUUACGGCACAUGGACAUCAGAUAUGGUCUCAAAUGCUGGAUUAGUUCUCACUUUUCAGCUACAAUAAUCAAGUUUCUGAUUUGAUAUGCAUUGUUUGUUGCUGUUACUUAAGAGACAUUCUUUUGUAAGUAGAUGGUCUCCAUAUGUAUCAUUGCAACAUAGAUUAUUACAUGGAAUAAUUGAGUACUACUAAGUCCUGGAUUUUGCCACAAAAAAAAAAAAAGAAGAUGGUGUAUGCCUAUUGCCUUUUGGGCAAUAUUAAAGGUUUUUCUAUGAUACGACCUCUUAUGUUCAUAUCACCCAUUGCAUCAACUACUAU